AUGGGCCGCUCCGGGGACGUCUGCUCUGCUGCCGGGGAAGGGCCCCGGCCCCCCGGGUGCCCCGGCUCCGUCCGCCGGCCCCCGAGGGUUGCCUGGCUGUUUCUGUACAUCUGCUUCUGCUACUGGAACCAGCACCGUUCCUACGAGUGGAGCUGUCGCUUGGUCACCCUGCUGCAUGGGGUGAUCGUCACCUGCCUCUCAGGUUACGUUGCUCUCUUGGAUGGCCCCUGGCCUCUGACCCAUGCAGGUUCACCAAACACAUCUCUUCAGAUCCAUGUGCUGUCCCUGACCUUGGGUUACUUUAUCUUUGACCUGGGCUGGUGCCUGUAUUUCCAGACAGAGGGGGACCUAAUGCUGUUGCAUCACACGCUGAGCAUCUGCGGCAUGAUCAUGGUGCUGGGGCUCGGGAAGUCUGCUACAGAAGUCAGUGCUGUUGUAUUUGUUAGCGAGAUCACCAACCCACUGCUCCAGACCCGCUGGUUUCUGCGGGAAAUGGGGCGUUACCACACUUUGCUGGGAGAGGUGGUGGAUUUCUUCUUUGUGUUCCUCUUCGUGGUUCUGCGAAUCCUGGGAGGAGCUUUGAUCAUGUAUGCGAUGGUGACAUCCCCUGAUCCCAGCUGGCUCCUCAAGGCUGGGGGCCUGGCCAUGUACAUUGUAUCUUUGGGGUUCAUGGUUGAAAUCUGCCACUUUGUCAGGAGGAAAACGUUGAAAAAAUAUCGUUCCUGGACAAGCCUGAGGAGUGUGAAUGCACCUGUGAAAACUAAUGGGCACUUAACAGCUCAUUAA